AUGACAGCACACAGAACGGAGCAACCCACUGCUAACCCGCACGCACUGCCACCAAUGGGUCGCACAAAGAGAGGGGACCUACCCCAGACCCCCAAACCUUCCUCUUCAGGGUCGCAAACGGGGCCGAUGGACGAAUAUCUCCAUGCGCCGUGCGGCCCGGACCCCAGCUCCCCGACAUCCAAAAUGGCGCCGACCUCGCCAGCAUCCACAUGCUCCACUGCCGACACCACUACACUGGCAGAUAUCGGAGCAGAAUUAAAACGCAUGGCAAUGAUGAUGGUCACAAAGGAUGACCUCACCCACCUGACAAACAACCUACACAAAGUAAUUAAAGCUGAAGUGACCGGCCUGAAGGCUGAAAUUAAAGCACAGGAACACCGCAUACAGCAAGUAGAAAAGAGGGCACAGACCACUGAAGACCACUCUGCAGCCACAGACACGGCCCUUAAACGCCAAGGCACUCUCAUACUGGCCAUGAGGCGACAGCUGGAGGACCAGGACAACCGCAGUCGCCGCAACAAUAUCAGGGUAAGGGGGAUACCUGAAUCUCCAGAGGGGGAAAACAUAGAGGAGAUGCUCACCUCCCUAUUCCGCAUCAUCUUAAGGGAGGACACACCAGCGCUUAUUAAAUAUGACAGGGCACAUAUAGCACUCCGUCCCCGGCCCACGGAAGGGACCCCCAGGGAUAUAAUAUGCUGCCUACACUCCUUCGCCAUCAAAGAUCUGAUCAUGAGGAAAGCUAG